AUGAAGCUCCUUCAGAUCUUACCUGUUAUCUUGCCUGUGGCCGUAGCUCAGACCAGCUGCGAACAGUAUGCAGUGUUCUCUGGUGGCAAUGGCUAUUCAGUCAGCAACAAUCUCUGGGGGCAAUCUGCCGGUAGUGGCUUCGGCUGCAUCACCGUAAACUCACUCAACUCGGCUGCUUCCUGGCAUGCAGACUGGCAGUGGUCUGGUGGCCAAAACAACGUCAAGUCCUAUCCCAAUGUCCAAAUCGCCAUUCCCCAAAAGAGAAUUGUCAACAGUAUCGGCAGCAUGCCGACCACUGCUAGCUGGAGCUACACGGGGAGCAACCUUCGCGCCGAUGUAGCUUAUGAUCUCUUCACUGCGUCAAAUCCCAACCAUGUCACUUAUUCUGGGGAUUACGAGCUCAUGAUCUGGCUGGCAAGAUACGGAGACAUUGGCCCCAUCGGAUCUGCUCAGGGCACGGUGACCAUCAAUGGUCAGAGCUGGACGCUCUACUAUGGCUUCAACGGAGCCAUGCAAGUCUAUAGCUUUGUGGCCCCCAGUACUGUCACCAAUUGGAGUGGAGAUGUGAAGAACUUCUUCAACUAUCUACGAGACAACAAAGGAUACCCGGCAUCAAGCCAAUAUGUCCUCAGUUACCAAUUUGGUACUGAGCCUUUUACAGGCAGUGGGACGCUGAACGUAAAUUCCUGGACCGCAUCUAUCAACUAA